GGACAUUAUCUUCAGGCUGUCUCCCAAAGACGCAACCUGGCCAUCAUGGCGAGUUCCAACUUGUGGCAAAGUUUGCUCCGUGACAGCUCAGUUCGUGCGCCGAUCCCGUCAACACAAGUGCUCUUGCUGGGUGGAACGGAAGUCGGGAAGUCGUCGUUGAUUCAGCGGUGGCAGGGUAUCAAGAACCCGAGCGAGCGGGUGCAAACACUAGAGGUGCUGCCCGCUGACUUUACAAGCUUCCACGUCCCGUCGGAGGAAGAUCCGUCGUGCCAAAUCAACGUGUGGUCGCUCAACACGGAAAAAAUCUCGUCGGAUUUGUCGUUUCUGUCGCUUGCGAUCGAUGCAGAGAAAUUGGCGAACACCGUGGCGCUCGUCGCUGUUGACGGGAGCAAACCGUGGACCAUCAAGCCAACCUUGGACAAGUGCUUAUCCACACUGCAUUCGGUCGUUGAAGGCAAGCUCUCGAAUCUCCCCGAAAACCAGCGGUCGGACUUGCUCGACUCGAACCGAAAACAUUGGCUCAGCUACGUUGAACCGGGGCAAACUUCGACUGCGAGCCUUGUCAAGGACGACGAAUUGUUGAAAUCGCUCCCGGAAGGCGUGCUGGUGCACAAUGCAGGGAUUCCCAUCGUGAUUGUCAUGUGUAAAUCGGAUACUGCCCCGGAGGACACGGUGAAGGCUGACUUUGUCCAGCACACCAUCCGCCAACUCGCUUUGGCAUACGGAGCGGCCGUGUGCUAUACAUCGAGCAAGACCGGCACCAACUUGGACGUGUUGAAGGAUUACGUUCUCCAUCGUUCGCACCCCGAUGUGUUCAAAUUCACCCAAGUUCCAAAGCUGGUCGAUCGCGGCGCUAUCUUCGUGCCGUCGGGCUACGACACAGCCGCCUUGAUUGAGCAGAGUCUCGUGGGCUCCCAGCCGCGAUGGCAGAAGUCGACCACGUUUGAGAAAUUUAUCCCGGCUCCAGUCGAAAAACGCGAGGACUCGGCGCUUCUCCACCCUGAGAUUCGCGUCGACCCCAACCAAGUUUGGCUGCGCAAGUUGGAAAAGGCUGCCGGCGCAGGCUUGGUGGAUUUACAAAAGAGCAGCGUCGAAGCAAGUCGUCGGGCCGAGGAAUUGGCGGCGGCGCGGCGCGCAGACGCGGACAUGAGGAAGGGGGAAAAGGUCGAUGUGAAAACUGCCGCUACCAAGGUGGGAGCUAACUUCGAUCGACUGCUGUUGCCGCUGACGUAGACGUGUGCCGUAGGAUGUGAACCCAAAGCACCUGGCCAACUUUUUCAACAACUUGCUCAGCCGGCCAGACAAGCAAAAGGGUGCUCGACUCGGGUCGUUUACGGACAAGGCAGGCUGAUCCAUUGUGCGAUCAUGAUGUGCUCAAGCGUUUGUAUGAUUAGUCGAAGUCGGCGAAGGAUGUCAAGGAGUUGGCUGAAGAAGAGCUGAAAAAAAUGUAGAAGGCACUGUCGUCGAUUGCGAGUCUCUUUUUAAGCGAGGAACCCACUGCGUUCGGCCACGUGGCCUCUUGACAAGUCCUGGGCAUCUUGGUCUGAAAAGACGUUAGACAUCGCUUGGAAGACCUCGGGCGACACCUUGCUCGCGACAUCCACCAUAGCUUGCAUCUCCUUAAGGUCCAGUGCCCCCACCCCGUUCUUCUGCAUGCCGCAUACAUGGCCUCGGCGGUCGAUAGACACGCUGAUCUGGGCCGUCAUGCACAUUUCUUCUUCAAGGGUCGCGUCCAUGACGAACCACUUGUCCACCUUGCUCAAUGUGAGGCACACAGGCCAAUCGUCCAGCGACAAGCGACGUCCGGAAGCAGGGUCACUCUCAACCUGAAUGAUCUGCUCCUGGUCGUCCUUAUCGCCGCUCAGUUUGAUGGAUGGAAGCAAUGUAUCCCGCAGCGCCGCGUAGAUGGCCAUGGACACGACGUCGGGAAGGUUGCCGGAUGUAUCGAACACCAUGACAUCGACGUAGACUACCCACACGCUUUUGCUGGGAACGAUGACGAGAUCAUCCGUGGACAGCGGUACGACGACGAGGCGCUUCAUGCGCUCGGUCAGUUCGACGUUCAUUUCUUCUUGAGCUCGCCCGUCCAUCUUUUCAGAGACCGACGGUGCACACUGAACAGACAGUUCGACCCACCCGUUCUCGUGGUUUCCAUGGGCGACCUCCACUUUGACACUUGCAAGGACAUCCGUACUGCCGGACUUCAUCGACACUCGACUGGACCCGUGGCUUUGACUGAGGAGGCCGCUUUCCAUGCGAAGCACACGUCGGCUCAGUCGACUUCGGCCAUCGGCACGGACGUCUUGUGCAAUACCAUGUGUGAUGUACAGCUUCUCCGACGGACUAAUGCGCUCCAUGAUGGUGCUGUGUGACUGCCAACC